UAGACGCAUUCAUCCGCGACGAAUCCUCAAAGGGAAGGUACGACCCGGCGAUCUCAAAGAUCUGUUUCGAGAUCUUGUUGGAGCUGUUCAAUCGUGUUUUGAAGACGGACUUGGGACCCAGGGAUGUGGGGGAGGCGGAGGUUGAGGGGGGGUGUUAGGUAGGUAGAUGGAUGAAUUGAUUGAUUGAUGGAUUGAUGAUUUGAGAGAGGUAUGGUCCUGUAUGCGAUUAGCACCAUAAUCGAGAGCCAUCUCUCUCCCCCUUCCUCCAUUUCGCACAUUCGACUCAACUCACCAAUCCCCCCAAUCCAGCAUCAGCGUCCGUAUCAGCAUCAGAAUCAGCAUCAUAAUACACACGUGAUCUCACAGCAUGAUGCCAUAUCAUUAAUUCUCUAUCCUCUCCACUACACUACCUACCCACUAUUCUCCCAGCAACCCAAGCCAAGAGCAGAACAAGCAUUGAAAAGACCGGGGGUAUCCUGCCAAAAAGACCAGCCAAGCCAACCAUACCAAGGAAAAGAAAAAGAAAAGUGAUUUUCGCCUCAAUUACCAGCCUUCCAUCAGCGAAUCACGUUGCGCAAGGGAAUGACAGGAUAUUAUAA